GAGGGAAGCUUGGGGGUGAAGAACCUGUCGCACGGAUUGGCCUGGCCGGCUUAGCUUUGUGUUAUUCUUGGAAAAUUUCGCUCCACUUGUGAAUUCCUUGAACCUGGGCAUUGCAAGCCCACUUCUGUUGGGCCCAUCUCCUUUGCAGCUUGCUCAGAUUAAGACUCAGUUGGCUUUGCAGCAGUUGAGCACCAUUGCCUCGCAUGUGGGUUCGGCAGCACCCUGUGCCUUGCUCAAUCAGGCUGUCCUGAAAGUAGCCAUGUCGAGGCCUAUGUUCAAUCCUCGUGGACCCUUUCCAGGUCAGAGGCCGAGAGCACCUAAUUCUUCCGGAAUGAAGCCUCAGGGAGCUUUUAUGAGAACGGGACUGGCGGGCCCCCCCAGGCUGCCCCCGGCGGGAAGAGCCCAAGGAAUUCCACCGCGAUUUGGGGGCCAAGAUUCUUACCAGAGGACGGGGUCCCCGAGAGCGAACGUUCAAGCCGUGCAGCCCAGGAUGGGACCGAGACUGACCAAAACAAAAGCGGAUUUGCAGGCAACGCCGCUGAAGAUCAAGACCCGUGUCAGCCGGUGGGACAACAGCCCCCACCCCCCGGCCACCGGCCCCACGCGCCCCGUGCCACCCACCCCUGAGCAGAGUUCCAAAGCCCAGAGUCGUUACACAAACGAAAGCGCCUCGAGCAUCUUGGCGAGCUUCGGGCUGUCCCACGAAGACCUGGAGGAACUCAGCCGCUACCCCGACGAGCAGCUAACCCCGGAGAACAUGCCACUGAUCUUGAGAGAGAUCAGGAUUCGAAAAAUGGGACGCCGGCCGCCUCCUCUGCCCUCUCAGAGUAGGGGGAAAGAGCCGCUCGGCCGUCAGGCCGUUUCUAGCAGCGUGAUCGAUUACGGACACGCGAGCAAAUACAGCUACACUAAAGAUCCACACGGGGUGCGGGUGUACGACCCCGAAGUCCCCACCGAAGAUAGCGGGCCCGAGUUUCCGCCCCAGGCAGACAUUUCCCUGUCCAGUCCUCCUACGCCUGCGUGCAGCUCGAUGUUUCCCGUUGGAGAUGUGACGAGACCGAUGGGUUUCCGCGGGGAGCCCUCGAGCGGUCGGCUGUUUUUCCCAGCUGACGGGGUGAGCGAGAUGUCCAGACCGAAGGCCUCUCCGGGAGGACAGGCGGCCCUUGAGCCGGGGAAGUGUAGGAGCCAGUCUCUUGUCCAUCCCCUGAGCCAUUCCGUCGGGUCACCGGCGAGCCCGUCUGUAGCGCCGUCCUCCUUUCCGGCUGAAUUGAUUUCAGCUCCGAGCCAACCAGACAGGAUGCCGCACGACCCCGGGAUCAAUCCGGCCAAUGCGCAGAUUGGAUCUGCCGCAGGUCAGAAGGGUUACCCGGCACAGGAUGAAGCUCCCAUCCAGUCUCCCUUUGGAGUUGUCAAAGCAUCUUGGCUCCCUAAGUUUUCCCAGGCAGAUGCCCAGAAGAUGAAGAGACUCCCAACUCCUUCUAUGAUGAACGAUUAUUAUGCUGCGUCACCAAGAAUAUUUCCACAUAUGUGUUCUCUAUGUAACGUAGAGUGUAGUCAUUUGAAGGAUUGGAUUCAGCAUCAGAACACCCCUAUCCAUAUCGAGAGCUGCCGACAAUUACGCCAACAGUAUCCUGACUGGAAUCCUGAAGUUCUUCUAAGAAGGAAUGAUGGAGAGAGGAAAGAGAAUCAGACUCCAAAGAGACAUUGCGACUCAACCAGCUCCAGCCCUAGACACUCUAGGGGAUCGAGCUCAGGUCAUAAAUUCCACCGCUCCCAGUCUAGGAGCCCCUGUCGUUAUGGCCAGAAUAGAGCCAGGAGCCGGAGUCCAAGGCCGUCGCACCGUUUUAGCCCCAGACACAGGUCCAAAUCACCGCAGCGAUCGAGGAAUCCACUCAGGUGCAGUCCGAGGCCCCAGAGGUCCGCCAGCACUGAUUGGUCAUCUAAGCGAGCCGUCAGAUCUCCAGACAAAAAAGCUGCCUUGGAAGCUGUCGUGCAAAGUCUGGGGCAUGGCUUUGUGGCAGAGUUUAAUAAGCAGAAAAACCUUCGAGCUGCUGAAAAAGCCCAGUCUGACACGCAGAAGACCCCCUACCAUGCCGGGCUGACAAAAGUUCCAGUUCCUGCUAGGAGCGUGCAGAAAGAGCUGAACUCAAGGAUUCCUGAAAAUCCCAGCCCACCGAAAAAUCACGUGAUGUCCAAUAAAGGCAAGAUUUCUCUAAGCCAGGUUUGUCAGGACAAAUUCAUGAAUUGUGGUACAGUAAUUCAUAUAUCGGACUUACCAGAUGAUGGCUACACAGAACAGGAUAUAAAAAAAUUAGUCCAGCCAUUUGGAAAAGUCAGUGAUCUCCUGAUUAUUCCAUCGAGAAAUGAGGCCUACUUGGAAAUGCAUUUUAAGGAGGCGGUGACGGCAGCUGUCAAGUUCAGCGAAACCGAGCCGGUCCUGGUCAAGGGGAGACGUGUCAAAAUGUGGGCGGCGGGAAAGAAGACGCUGCUGGCUCUUCCAGCCCAGAUCAGAAUGGAUGCGGAUACAGUUACUUCCCAAAUAAGAGACUUUGCACCGAUUUUAAAAAAGGAUACAGGCAUUUUAAAGACGGUUAAAUCUAUGACUUCCCUGGCAUCGACUGGUCAAAAGAAGAUUCCAGAAAUGAAGAAGACAGAUCUCAAAGCUAAGGAAUCUCUAAAGCCCACUACAGGACCAGAGAAUCUUGUGCCGGCUGGCCUAGCCUCCUGUGACUCUAACAAACCAGUGGGGACUCUAGUAGACAAAGCAGGUGCAGAGACCAAUGAAAAUGUAGAACCGGCCACUAAGCAGGAACUUGAUAUGUGUGUGGUCGUUGUUUCAAAUUUGCCGGAAAAAGGAUAUUCCAUAGAAGAAGUUUCUAACCUAGCAAAGCCAUUUGGUGGAUUGAAAGAUGUUUUAAUUAUGUCGACUCAUAAAAAGGCAUAUAUGGAAAUCAGUAGGAAAUCUGCAGACUCCAUGGUUAAAUUUUAUACCUGCUUCCCAAUGUCUGUCGAUGGAAGUCAGCUCUCCGUAAGCUUGGCACCGGAAAACACUGAUAUAAGAGAUAAGGAAGCGGUAUUUAUGGCUUUGAUUAAGGAGUCCGAUUCUAAGGCAAAUCUGGAUACUAUUUACAAGCAGUUUGUGCUUCUUGGUAACUUACCGGAUGAUGGAUAUUCUGAACUUGAAUUAGUUUGCGUCGGUCUCCGUUUUGGAAAAGUGGAUCACUAUGUUGUGUUCAGUAAUAAGAAUAAGGCAAUCAUUCAGUUGGACAGUCCUGAGUCUGCUAAAACAAUGUGCAGUUUCCUACAACAAUAUCCUUUUAACCUGGGUGAAAAAAUACUGACCUGUGCAUUAUCAACCAAGAAAGCGUCACCGAAGGUUCAAGUUAUAAAAGAACAAGAACAAAGAAAAGAAAGCCCUGGCUUGAAAAACUAUCCCGUUGGAACAAGCGAGGUGCAAACAGCAGCUGAUAAAUCUCCGGUAAACCCUAAUGUGAUUAAGAAGGAAGUGAGCCCCCCAACCAACAUCCAAAUCCUCCCUUUCGGGCUGAACACUGAAUCCUUCAAGGGAGACCCGGAAAGAGCAGCAUGGGACUCUGGUUCUGCUUCCAGGCCAGUGGGAGUUGAACAAUACAUGAGGGAGGUCGAAGUGGAAAUAGCCGACUCGGCAUCCAUUUUGGCCAACAUUGGAUUAUCCUCUGAAAUUUGGAAGGAGUGUGGCGCUGAUUUUCACAGUGAAGACUUGCUGACUGGUGACUAUGAUCUAGUGUUCUCCCCGUCUCCUAACCUGUCCCUUGAAGGAAAGCCAGAAGAGUCCUCCUGUGAAAAAGACUUCUUCUUUACGGACCAGCCUAGAAUUUUGCCAUCCCUAUCUGAUGAAGGUGCAGUAGAAUUUGAGGUGCCCGGAGUGAUAAGGGAAGAGUUUCCCCUUAUUUAUUCUGGGAUCUCGUUGGAGGGGAUUUCUAUUGAGGACGAACAGGCAGUGAGCAAUCCAGAAACUCCCGAAAAAAGCAGUGACCCAGAAGGAAAGGAAGAGGACAGGGAAGACCUUGAGGAAGCCAGAACUGAGGCCAAAACGAGUCUGGACACAGGGGAAGAGAAGUCUGAAAAGAACGAAGCCAAGGCACACCCGGAUAUGGUGAAGCUCGAAAAGAUGGUAUUGGGGAUGAGAGAGACGGCUCCAUGGAGCCCCACGACCAAGACGUGCCAGGCCAAAGGGACGUGUCAAGCACAACCCAGUGAGGUUCCUAAAACAGGCCCCCAAGUUGUAGCCCCUGUACCCAGGAGCAAAGUCAGCUCCAAGGCCGUCCUCGGCUCCCCAAGCCCAUCGAAGGCAAGAGUCGUCAUUCAGCCAAACGAGACCAAACCCGAAGAACCGAAAGCCUUCUCCAGGCCUGAGCUGAGAAGUCGACCGAUUGCCGAGAAGAAACUCUCGUCCAAAGAAAUGGGUCCCCUUCGAGCCGGUGGGGGCCGGGCCAGCCUGACGGGGAGCAGUGGCAAGGCUAAACUCAGUCUCAGCCCGACUGCCGGAGGGGGCGGCCGAAAGAGCCCGAUUCAGCAAGACAAGGACUCUAGAGUGGAAUGUAGGGGUAGUUCAAAGCAGUCUCAAGAAAGACAGACUAGAUCUGCCAUCGUGAAGAUGGAUGACUUCAGCAAUAAGGCUCCCGCUGGGCGAAACGCCAAGAAUCUGAAAACCACCAUCAGUAGAAAUGUCCAGCCUAAAGAGGAGGAGGAGCUCUUCCCAUUUAAUUUGGAUGAGUUUGUUACGGUGGACGAGGUGAUAGAAGAGGUGGAUCCUCCCACGCCAGCCAAGAUUCCUCCGCCGAGAGGGAAGAGGAAAGAGCCCCCCAAGAACACCCUCUCCCCCGAGCUCGGCUCGAAGAGGCGGAAAGAGAAGAGCUUGGGACCCCGCUUGGUGGAGAGCGAGCUUUCCUUUGUCACACUGGAUGAGAUCGGGGAAGAGGAAGAGGCCGGGCCGCUGGGACCCGGGGAGCCUCCCAUCGGGGCGGUGGGCGACCCGCGAGCCCUGGUCACCGUGGACGAAGUGAUCGAAGAGGAGGAGCUGGUCCCGGAAGCCGGUCACCCCCAUUCCCUGGUCACUCUGGAUGAGAUCAUCGAGCCGGAGGACGGCCCUUUGCGCUGUGGGGCCAAGACCGGGGCCCUGCCGUCGGCGGAUGACGACGAGGAGCGGGAGCCAUUGGUCACGGUGGAUGAGAUCGGAGAGGUGGAAGAGCUCCUUUUAAGCGAGUCGUCGGCCCUGAACCUCAACCCCUUCAGCCCCAGGGGCGAAAGGGAUGGCAGUGGGAGGGGCCCCUUGGACUUCCUUUCGGCUGAGCUGCCCGAAGACCCCACUGCCUUAGUCACCGUCGACGAGCUCCACGAGGACAGCAUAUUCCAGCCUCUGGUCACCCUGGAUGAGGUGACGGAGGAGGACGAAGAGUUUCUGGAAGACUUCAACAGCCUGAAGGAAGAACUCAACUUCGUGACUGUAGAUGAAGUCGGGGAGGAGGAGGAGUGCGAAAGUAGCAUCCCGCUGGUCGGGGCCCAGGAAGUAAACAGUUCCGCUGCAGAGCCAGAGCCCUGGGAGCGGGCGGAUGCGGCAGAUCUAAAGGGCAGAAGGAGUACCGCUUCCCUUGGUACACCGCAGGAGAAGCCGGAAGUCGCUCACAGCAGAGACCUGAGAAGUAAGAAGGCGUUGGAAAUGGCGCCCCAAGCAGAGAUUGCCCAACACCCGGCAGGGCCCUGCUUGCGCAGGGCUGGAACAAUUCAGGAGAGUGAGCCGAAACCGGAAAGCAAGCCGCAGCCUCCAGCUAAAACCCCGGCUAAGAGAGGGAGACCUAGGAAAAGGCCGUUGCCUGAGGAUGCCUCCGCGGCAGAGCCGGCAAAGCCCAAAGAGGACCCUCGGGCUCCUGUGGCCAAAAUGGAGCCCGCGGCGGAUAUCCCGGCCCCCCGUGACUGUCGGUGGCUGCCCUCUGCCCUUCCGGCAAAGGGGAAGAACACAAGGAGAAGUGUGACUGUCCCAGAAGCAAGUAGUCAAAGUGAGGAUGGGGCACGGCCUGCCAUGAAGACGGAUCCAGGUGCAGAGGUGCAUCCUCCCAAGGCACAGCCAAAGGGGGAGGAAAAACAGCCACUCGGGAAACCUGGGAAAGUCCAGUCAAAAUCAGGGAAUGCAGCACCCGAGAAAAAGCGAAGGAAAGCAGAGGAUCCUUCGCUAGGCAAGUCGAAGACCUCCAGUUUUCCCCAAGGUUUAGAUUUUCUUGUUCCGAAGGCUGGUUUCUUCUGUCAGAUUUGUUCCCUUUUCUAUUCGGAUCAGAUGACCAUGGCAAACCACUGCAGGGGUGCCCGGCAUCAGCAAAACAUGGAGAAAUUCAUAGCCAAGCAAAAAGAAGAGAGAGAAAGGAAAGAAGCUGGAGCCGAAGAGAAGAGUUCCACGUGAUCGGAAGAAGGAGGAAUUCGUUAAGAAUUCAUUUAGGGUCCAGUUGGUUUGUGUAUUUUGUUAUAGAUUAAUUUGUAAUUUGGUUCCAGAGAGACUGUUCAUGUUGUACAAACUUCUGAAUACACUCGAUGAAGAAAACUAUGCUGGGGAAAUGUAUAAUGGAUUUGGUUUUUAUAUCAAAUCAUCUGGCGUAGCGAAACAUCUUUUGCAAGUGUUGCAAUAAAUGUUACUACUGUAUAGUUCA